AUGGCACAGCCCUCCGGAUGAAAGCAGAUCUGUGUGGCAAGUCCUUCAUGAAGUACUGCUUCUGGCUAUGUUUUUGCAUCCUGCCAGGAGCCUGACUGCUGCUCCUGAGAAGUCCUAAAUUCGCCCCUUGCCUCCUGAAAGGCUGAUUAAGUGCUGAAAUCAUUUGCUACUCCUGGUCCAGGACACAGGCUGCUCACCUGCAAUGCUGAGGAAGGAGCUUACAGAGCCUACAAGGUAGACCCACGACCCCACUGUGCUUGGCUCUGCACAAACACUCAACAGAAGCAGUGGAUGAUUAUAGAGGGAUGGUGACUAAAAGGUGCUUUUCCCACAUGAGUGAAAGAAGAGUAGCCAGUUAAAAGAAGUGACUGCUGUGGAGGACAGCAUGACCACCAUGAAAAGAAGCUGCCUCCUUGCACUGCUGUUGGCAGGACUUGGGGGAUUGGGAAUACUGGAGCCAACAACAGAAGAUACCCACUGCCACAGAGCUGAGCACCCAGUUAUUGCAUACAAAGAAAUUGCCCCUUGGUUACAUGUGUUCAGAGCAGAAGAUGCUGUGGACUUCUCGCAGUUAACAUUUGACCCAGGACAAAAAGAGCUUAUUGCUGGAGCAAGAAACUACCUCUUCAGGUUGCAGCUUGAGGAUCUCUCUCUAAUACAGGCAGUGGAAUGGCAGUGUGACGAAGCUACUAAAAGAGCCUGUUACAGUAAAGGCAAAUCAAAGGAGGAGUGCCAGAACUACAUUCGAGUGCUUCUUGUUGGAGGCAACCAUCUCUUUACCUGCGGGACCAACGCGUUCACUCCCAUCUGCACCAAUCGGACGUUAAGUAACUUGACAGAGAUACACGACCAGAUCAGUGGCAUGGCUCGUUGUCCUUACAGUCCUCAGCACAACUCCACUGCUCUUCUCACUUCCAGUGGGGAGUUAUAUGCUGCUACGGCCAUGGAUUUUCCAGGAAGGGAUCCCGCUAUUUACCGCAGUCUGGGGAACCUUCCUCCUCUCCGCACUGCCCAGUACAACUCCAAGUGGCUGAAUGAGCCAAAUUUUGUGUCGUCUUAUGACAUUGGAAACUUUACCUACUUCUUCUUCCGGGAGAAUGCGGUGGAACACGACUGUGGGAAAACAGUCUUCUCUCGUGCUGCUCGGGUGUGCAAAAAUGAUAUUGGUGGCAAGUUUGUGCUGGAGGACACCUGGACUACCUUCAUGAAAGCUCGGCUGAACUGCUCUCGCCCUGGAGAAAUUCCAUUUUACUAUAAUGAACUGCAGAGCACUUUCUUCCUGCCAGAAUUGGACUUGAUCUAUGGGAUUUUUACCACUAACGUGAACAGCAUAGCAGCCUCAGCAGUUUGCGUUUUCAACCUGAGUGCCAUAACUCAGGCCUUUAAUGGACCCUUCAAAUACCAGGAAAACUCUCGUUCUGCUUGGCUUCCAUAUCCCAAUCCUAACCCUAAUUUUCAGUGUGGCACCAUGGACCAGGGUUUGUAUGUGAAUCUGACUGAGAGAAACCUUCAGGAUGCUCAAAAAUUCUUCUUAAUGCAUGAGGUUGUUCAACCAGUUAUUCCCAUUCCUUACUUCAUGGAAGACAACAGCCGAUUUUCCCAUGUGGUUGUGGAUGUCGUGCAGGGCAAGGACAUGCUUUUCCAUAUCAUCUAUCUUGCCACAGACUAUGGCACCAUUAAGAAAAUACUUGCCCCAAUGAACCAGACUUCAAGCAGCUGUCUGCUUGAAGAAAUUGAGCUCCUGCCGAAAAGUCAGCGAGAACCCAUCAGGAGCCUUCAGAUUCUGCACAGCCAGAGCGUCCUUUUCGUAGGCCUUCAGGAGCACGUGAUUAAGGUCCCCCUGAAGAGAUGCCCCUUUUACAAAACAUACAGUGCAUGCAUUGGAUCCCAAGACCCUUACUGUGGCUGGGACAUGGUGAUGAAGAAAUGCACAACGCUGGAAGAAAGUCUGAGCAUGAGUCAAUGGGAGCAAAGCAUUACUGUGUGUCCAAUGAGGAAUCUGACGGUGGAUGGACAUUUUGGAACAUGGUCACAAUGGAAACCUUGCACCCACACGGAUGGCGCCAGUGUUGGCUCCUGCCUCUGCAGGACACGAGUGUGUGACAGUCCUGCUCCCCAGUGUGGAGGUUGGCUGUGUGAAGGACCAACCAUGGAGAUUGCCAACUGUUCCAGAAAUGGAGGCUGGACACCAUGGACUUCUUGGUCACCUUGUAGUACCACUUGCGGAAUAGGCUUUCAAGUUCGUCAGCGUUCCUGCAGCAAUCCAACCCCUCGACAUGGAGGUCGCGUCUGCGUGGGACAAAAUCGUGAGGAGAGGUACUGCAAUGAACAUUUGUUGUGCCCCCCUCAUGUGUUUUGGACAGGCUGGGGUCCGUGGGAGCGCUGCACUGCUCAGUGCGGAGGGGGGAUCCAGGCACGGCGUAGGAUAUGUGAAAAUGGCCCCGACUGUCCUGGCUGCAGCGUGGAAUAUCAGCCUUGUAACACCAACGCCUGUCCAGAGUUAAAAAAGACAACUCCUUGGACACCUUGGACCCCAGUCAAUAUUUCAGACAACGGCGGCCACUAUGAGCAACGGUUCCGAUACACCUGCAAAGCACGCUUGCCUGACCCAAAUCUGCUAGAGGUGGGAAGGCAGAGGAUUGAAAUGCGUUACUGUUCCAGCGAUGGCACCAGUGGAUGCUUGACAGAUGGAUUGUCAGGGGAUUUCUUGCGUUCUGGACGAUACUCUGCUCAUACCAUCAACGGUGCCUGGUCACCCUGGUCUCCAUGGUCUCAGUGCAGUCGUGACUGCAGUAGAGGGAUACGGAAUCGCAAACGGGUCUGCAGCAAUCCUGAGCCCAAGUAUGGGGGACUUCCCUGCCUCGGCCCAUCCCUAGAGUACCAGGAGUGCAACAUUCUGCCUUGUCCAGUGGAUGGAGGCUGGUCCUGCUGGUCAUCUUGGUCGAAGUGCUCGGCAACUUGUGGAGGAGGGCAUUACAUGAGGACCCGCUCCUGCACAAACCCAGCACCAGCGUACGGAGGAGAUAUCUGCCUCGGGCUGCACACCGAGGAAGCGCUCUGCAACACACAGCCGUGCCCAGACAGCUGGUCCGAGUGGUCUGAGUGGUCCUCCUGCGACUCGUCCGGCUCCCAGCUCCGCGUUCGUCAGUGCAUCCUUUUGUUUCCCGUGGGCAGCCAGUGCACGGGCAACGCCACGGAGAGCCGGGCCUGCGCGCUGGACUCCAACUUCAUCCCAGAAAUAUCAGUGGCACGAUCCAGCAGCAUAGAAGAAAAACGAUGUGGCGAGUUCAACAUGUUUCACAUGAUUGCAGUGGGAUUAAGUAGCUCAAUCCUUGGUUGCCUUCUUACCCUGCUUGUUUACACUUAUUGCCAACGAUAUCAACAACAGUCCCAUGAUGCGACUGUCAUCCACCCGGUGUCACCAGCUCCUCUCAAUACCAGCAUUACUAACCAUAUCAACAAACUGGACAAAUACGAUUCUGUAGAAGCCAUCAAGGCAUUUAACAAAAACAACCUGAUUCUGGAAGAGAGAAACAAAUACUUCAAUCCACAUCUCACUGCAAAGACUUAUUCUAAUACCUAUUUCACAGAUUUCAACCAUUAUGAUGAGUACUAAUGGGCUUGUGUAUUUCCUGGCCUCUUGUAACUCCCCAGUCCCCAAGGCCUGUGCUACUUGACUGCUCAUGUGAUUGAGACUUCAGAGGUGAAGUUCAGAGACAUUUCAAGCACGAUCCAAGCCAUUGCUGUCCCAUUGCUGCCGAAAGCCCACACCACCUGUUUGUGAAUGCUGUUUUCUUUACAGAGUGCGAGGUUGGCCUUCCCCGUCGGGUGCAGCUACAGCCCCUCAGUGCUGCUGGACCACUCACGAGGAUUGCAUCGCAUCACUGUUCCAUAAACUUCAGUCAGAUUUCUCUAACAAGUGUCUAAGUAAUUCCUGAGCUUUAAAAUAAUAAUAAUAAUAAUAAUAAUAAUAAUUAUGUUAUCACUUAAAGCUGCUCCAGGAGCGCAAAUCUGAUUUCUAUUUAGGCAUUGCCUUUUAUUUCUGUGAGAUUUGAGGAGGGAGCUCUGCUGUUAGCUGCGGAGCCCUCUGGGCACCCUCCCGGGGCUCUCACCACCACCAAGACCUUGCAGGGUGCUGGGAGCAAUGACAAGAAGCAGCGCGGUGGUUUAGCGAUGCUCUGCGGCGGCUCUGGGCUCUGUGGGGCUGAUCUUCCCGGGCUGUAAAUCACUCCGGCUGCAGCUCAGCUGCUCAGAGUGCAGAGACGAAGCCCGUACCGAGGGAUACAACCUUGUAAUCAACCCAGACAGCUACCGGGUCAGUGGCGUCCAGUUGCGAGCCGAGCCCCAUCGCAUAAAGCCUUUGCCCAGCUUGGUUUCAUCUUUGGGAGGGUGUGGAAGGGCACGUCCCACGGGGAGGCUGAGGGAGGAAGGCGGGUGUGGGAGGCACACGGGAAGGUUUCUCUGUGUGCCGUUUUUAAGCCAGCCUUGCUGCAGCGUGCGGGUUUGCACGAGCCGCGGCAGCCCCCUCGCCUCCCCGCCGCAGCACCCGCCGCCAGGCUGCCCACGGGAAGCUACGCCUGCCCGGCGGGCCGUCUGCCACCUCGGGCUCCUGGGGGGGCACGUAGGCAUCGCCACGGGUCUGCUCUUCUCUUCCCGGCUUUUGCUUUACGUGCGCGCGUCUGACAAGCGAAGCUGGCUCGCGAAAACGCGGACGGAUUUGCACAGCGUUGCCUGGUCUCGCUGCUGUGUCCGACCCACGCUGGUCAGCCCCUAGAGGAACAAUCUUCCCGCGUUUUAAGUGAUUCUCUUGUUGAACUUCAUUGGUGUAAAUAUUUAGAAUGCUGUUUGAGUUUUAAGUUAUCAGUUUUAAUUCUUUUUGUAGUGGCAGUUGAGGAAACACAAAGAAUUUUUAUACCGUUUUUCUUUGUUCUGUCUGUCUUCACCCACAUUCAUGACAUUGUUAUUUUUGUAUCUGAAAUUCCAGAUGUAUAACUAGAAAUAAAAGGGCAGGGAUCUGAGCCAGAUUUUCCAGAGUACUUAGUAGUAAGGCAGCAUUUGCUGUUCUCAGAAGCUUGUGAAAAGAAAUUACAAGUGGAUACUAAGGUUUGAAGAAUUGAGCUUUCAGUUUUUUGAGCAUGCUAGACACAGAAAGCAUCGCGCCAGAAUAGCGGGAAGGUAAGUAAGGAGAAGCAGAGUGGGAAUUCUGCCACGCUGUGUUUAGAGACCUUGAUCAUUAGGUUACGCUAUGAUAGGGAAAUAGAGAAAAACAUGUACAGAGUGUAAUGAUUCACAACUAUGUACAAAAAAAAGGCAAAAAGUACCAAGAAACAGUGAUCGUGUCAGACUGCUUUGAGCACCGCUGUGGUGGUCGGGCCACUGACACGGCAAGGGUGACCAGUGUAUCCAGUGAGAGCAGUGGGCAGUUCUGAACGGGGGCAGAUCUGGGCGUCGCACUGGGCUUACUACCUCUCCUCUGCGGUAAAGUGAAAAAAUGGAAAGCAAGUGGUCUUUGAAAAGCUGUGCAGUAAAAUGAAUGCACGUUUACCAUCUAUGGAAAUAUUUAACAUCAGCUGCCUGUUUUUUCCAGCUGAAUAGUUUUCCCUGUUACCAACACAGUCAAAAGAAAACACCCCCACCCUCGCACCAGUUCAUCUCCAGAAAGUAUAAUAAGACUGGUUCCCUGUAAUUUGUGAUAUUUUUUUUUUAACGUACACUAGAUUUGGUUUUCCAGGAAGAAAUUAGCUGAUUGCCCUGGGUAAGAGGAGAUUUUCUCUGCAAGAAAAUUCAGUGAAACAGAUAGAGGAGGGGAAAGCUUUCCAGAUCGUAACUAGUCCCAUAUCUGAAUCACUGUGUUCAUGCUAAAAGAUAAAAUUUUACUUUUAAAUAAGAUAAAUAAAAUAAAAUGUCUAUUGCUCCCACUGCCAAGAAAAAGCAGCACAUGCACAUACACACCUAUGCGCAACACUGUUCCUCUGUAAUAAGAAUACAUUAGUCUGACUUAAGGAUUUUAUAUUUAGACUAUUAGUUAUGAGACCAAUAUCUUUAAAAUAUUUGAACUAUGUAUUUUUAUUUUAACCUUUUUCAAUUAAAAUUAUCUGAAAUCAGCUUUUUUUAAAAAAAAAACCUCUUCAGUAGUUUGAGGCACGCAUAUCUUCAGUGAUCUAUUUUCCAUUCUUUUCAUGGAUAAAUACAUAUGUUAGAUACGUGUUAUAUCUGCGGUAGUAAUACCCUAGGUUAAGUCUGCGUGAUUUUAGGUGAAAGUGCAUUUAGCAGAUGCUCAGUCUGCUCACACUUGCAUCUCCCAAAGGAAUAUUUCAGGUGUUCCAGAUCUUUGAGCAACUCAAUGAUGUCAUUUAAACACCAGGCCAACUUGGCAGCAAGGUGUUCCUUUUAAACAUUUGGGGGGUUAUUUUUGGUUUUUAGCUUCUUAAAUUACAUCAUUCUUAACUGCAGGCAGAGGUAUAUUCAAACCUUCAUCUAAAUCAGUCAGGUGAACAUGGACGUUUCACAGCACUUCAAUGAGAAGAAAUUGAUGGCAAGAUCUCCUUGUCAAGCUGAGACAACAGGUUAUAAAUCCAUUAGAUAUUUGUGUCUUCAGUAAUUUUAGAGGUCCCCAGAUGCACCACCUAUAUCAGUAUUUUCACCUUGAGUUCUACACAGCUGCCCAGGUAGCUUCAUACAGCCUUUCCUAAUACAUGGAGCAAGGCAAGGUGCAGUCUAUUAAUUUUCAAUUUAUUUAGCAUUCUUUCUAAAAUAGGCUACACACCUGUUGGUGAAAAGCAGAUUUCUCCAUGAAAGGUCUACUUUCUCUUUUGCCAAAAAUGUAAAAAAGUGGGCAUUUGCCUGCAAAUCUUGUUUAAGCUGACAGAGCUCUCAAAUUUUCACAAGGGUAAAAUUUAUUUCUUACGGCACUGUUCUGUUCUUGGAAAGGGAGAAACAAUUCCCUUGCCCAUUAAAUGCCAUGCUUAUAAUACCCCUUUUGCUUGAAUAAAGUGAUCUUUUCUGGAUAGAGAAUUGUAUUAACUCUGAUGCCAAUCGUUAAUAUUACUAAACCACUUUUGCACUGACUGCAUAAAUUUAAAAAUGUUUCUCUAUUUUGAAAGCAAACUUUUCAACAGAUAGAUAAAAAUUCUCUGAGUAGAGCUGAUUCUGGGUAGCCCUGCUACAUGGAGUGAGGAGGAAGCAGGAUCGCCAGAUGGAUCCUGUGCAGUAUAUACUUUCAUUGGAUAACUCAAAGUAGAAUUGUGCUUGAGUACAAAUUUUGGGCUUAUUUUUGUGUCUGAUGCAUAGCGUACAUUCCUCAGUUGCUUAGAAAAUGGACUCCUGUGCUUGCAGAUGUAUCUUGUACUUUGAUUUGCGUUUUAUGACCUUUAUGGUCAUUUAAAGUUACUUUACAUGGAAGCUUUUCCAGCCGUUUGCUCACCUGCUGUUGGAGCAGCAUGGUUUGGCUAAAACUAAUCAAGAGAUUUUUGACUAGAAUUAGGAUUUUCAUAAGAGAGUAAAAGAAAGAAUGGGACUUAAAUGGCUUUGAUUUCCAGGCUAUUAAGCAGUGCUGAUUAAAGUCUCAGAUGGGUGUAGGACACUCUGCAUUUAGUUAGCUCUACCAGAGCUCCACAGUAACCUCUGGGAAAAUACCCCAUCAAUGUACAAAUCAAGAGCUACCAAAGCACUUACGUUAAGAGAAGAAAGUUCUCAGAGCAUCAGACCAUAUGGCUGCUCAAACCAGAAAAGAAAGUAAGAGGUCCCAGAUGCAACAAAAAUGUUAACCGGAAUAAAUGCUUCAAUAUAUUUUUUUCACUAUUACAGAAUGAAUAUAUUCACUCCUUUAAAUGUGGGACCAGCUUUAUUAAAAUCAGCGCAACAUAAGCACAUUCCUAAUGUUAAUUGUAUGCGUAAUGGCUUUGCUGUAUGAGAUCAGUGCUGUAAACAGUUCGGUCCAAGCUUGUCUUGCUCUGCUUGAGGCAUCUGACCAAUUUCUGGUUGUAGCUGCCACCAGCACCCUCUGUGUCCUGUCUGGAAGAACAUCCCUCGGUGGGCAGUUACGUCCUUGCGAGGGCUUGUGUCCCUCCACCAGCUCUACAGUGAGCCUAGAGAGAUACGCUUCUAAUUUUCACUGUCAUUCGGACGCCUAAAUUUAGAUUGGAAAAGCUAGGCUCCUGAGAAUGAUUGUACUCAUCACCAAGUUCAGUGGUAUGGAUGUAACAAAUUACUUAUUUUAAUGUGUUUACAGGAUCGAGCCCAAAAUAUAUUGCUUCUGCACAAAUCCAUGCACGGUACAAGAUGAAUUCAGUAGUAAGAAAACAGAUCCAUCUGAAGUUGUUCACAAGCAAAUCUGCAUCUUGAUAUCAGGGAAUAGAUAUGUGUUCAUUGUGUGGGGUAUUUGAAUUCAUUCCUUUCUUUGCUAAAUAAAUGAAUGAUAAAACGA